AAUCCUGAUCAUUGGAGUGUUCACAGUGCAGACGGUUGGAGUAAUAUUAAAUAUAAGGAACAAGUGAAAGAUGUCUCUCGAACGGUUUACAGAGCUCGAUGAGAGUGAACUGAAGAAACUUUUAGAUAGGAAAGAUUCCGAAAGCACUAAAAAGACGGUGAAGGCGGCCGUAGCUGUGCUUCAGCAUUAUUUGGAGGCAAAGGGGCAAAAUUUACCGGACAUGGAGAGCGCUUCCAGUGAAGAAUGUGAUGAUCUACUACGGAAAUUUUAUGUGGAAACUAGAAAGGAAGACGGGACAAGAUAUGCCAAAAAGUCGAUGGUUACCUUGCGUUAUGGACUACAGAAGCACUUCAUUAGAACGAGAGAACAAGAUAUCAUCAAUGAUAAGACAUUUUCCAGGUCUAACGAAAUGUUUAAAGCAGUGCUCGCCAAACUGAAAGAGGAUGGCAUUGGCGAGUGUGUACAGACAGAACCUGUUACCCCGGAGGACAUGGCGAUACUUUAUACUGGUUCUGCAUUUAAUACGAAUACUCCUGAGGGCCUCCAGCGCAAAGUUAUGUUCGAAUAUCUCUAUUAUUUUUGCAGUCGUGGACGAGAAAACCUACGUGGGCUGAAAAGGAGUGAUUUCAUAGUAGGGGUUGAUUCUUCAGGCCGAGAGUAUGUUGCCGUCAGAUCAAAGCCCAAGAAAAAUUACAGAGGUGACGACAUCCUUGAUCUUGACCACGAACAAAGUCGAAUGUAUGACAAACCAGGUGAUCCCAGAUGUCCAGUGGCAGCUUUCAAGAAGUAUGUUGACAAACUUCAUAAUGAAAACAGUAACUUCUGGCAGAGGCCAAAAAAGACUGUAAAUGAAUACGACACUGUAUGGUAUGACAAUUUUCCUGUGGGAAAAAACACACUUUACUCAUUCAUGCAGAAACUCAGCCAGGACCACAAUCUAAGUAAGAGGUAUACUAACCACUCUGUCCGGGCAACUAGCAUUACAACACUUGACCACAACGGUGUGGAGGCCCGACACAUCAUGAGUGUAUCAGGCCACAAGAAUGAGAACUCCAUCAGAUCCUAUAUUUUUAAACUAAGUGACGAUAAGAAACGUCAAAUGUCAGACAUACUCAGCGAAAACAUUGCUCCACCUUCAAAAACAGCCAGAAGAAGCAUGUUAAGCAUGACAGGUCCACCUGCUCCAUCUCCUCCUGUACAGACUCUGACACGUGGUCCAGCUCUCCAGGAACAGGAUGACAUGGAUGCUGAUAGACUUUCAGCUGUAAUCAAUGAGCAGGAGUCAUGCAGUCUUGGCACAAAUGCAAGUCCAUCUUCCAAGGAUGUCAUAGACAAAGGUUUGACCAUGAUGAACAAAACAGAGGUGGACAGAAUGAAGGAAAGAGAUAGAAUUGCUGCAAUACUAAGGACAGCCGUUCUCAGUCUUUGUCAGGAAAAGUACCAGAAUCCAAUUGAAGUAGAUGCUUUGAUUUGUGUAGCGCUUACUCCUACUGACAACCAUGUGGUAAAAAUUCACGAAACUCUUAGGGUUUUUGGAAACGAGGCCUCAAGAGAAACGCCACCACAAGAUGCAAAUGGUGACCAAAACAUUUGCAAGGUAUCAAACACCUGGUCCAUUGGUCCAAAAUCUAAACGAAAAAGGAAAGAGACAACCGAACAGAGGGUGAUGAUGACUGAGGCUGAACAUGAUUUGAGGGAAUUGCAAACACAAGAGAAUUCUGAAGACUUGUUAGGGGCUAAUGCCAGUGAAUCAGGUUCAGAAGUAGUGACAAAUGGCACAUCAGUAAGGAAAUAUCGUCAUCUUAGCCAGAACUUGUGUGGCGAGGAUAACAUGUGCCUCAGCACUAUCAAUAAGGAUGUAUUAAGGAAGGGAGAUGUGGAGAGUUGUGUUAAACUCACACAACCAAAGAACCCAGGCUUUGUGGUGUCAGGAUUGAUAAUCCCAGUUGGUACAGCUUUACCUAUCCAACCCAUACCAGUAGCAGAAAGUCAUAAGGUCCCAGUUGCUGAAACUAGCAUAUACCAAAUUGGAAAGUUGGAUCAUGGAAAGACACACAGAGCAUCUAUGUUGACUCAGGAUGAUAAUUAUACAUAUAAGGACUAUACUGCAAUGAAAAGGCAGAGUAAAGACAGCCUAUACAGCCAGAAGGUUUCAAAGAAAAAGGAUGAUUCUAGUGCAGAUAGUGAUGAAAAUAACAGUAUUCAAACAAUGAGGGAGACAUUACCAGGAGGUAUGGUGAUCAAAGAAGAAACAAUAUGGAGCACUACGGAAUCAAAAUGGCCAAUGGAAAAUGAUGAAAACAGCGGUGAGGUUGAUAAUAGUCAAACUUCUAGCACAUGUAAUACUCCAACACAGUUUUUCCAGCCAGAAAGCCCAGAAGUUCCCCUAGAAAUGUCUGUUACAUCUAUCAAGGAAGAACCACAGGAUUCUGAUAUCAGUGAGCCAGAGAUGGAGAUUGAUAUAGAUAUUGAUUCAUCCCAAUUCGAACACAAUAGAAAAUCAGAUUCAUUGUCAAUAUCAGAAACAAAUAAAAGAUCAAUUCUUUCGAAAAUUCUCAAAGGAAAAAGUUUGAAGGAAGCUUACGAAAGUGGUGUUGCAAAAGACAGGUUAAGUCCGCCAAAUACAGGAGAGGAUCAGGAUAACUCCCUGGUCUACAGACUUCCAUUUGUAUCAUUCCAAGACUUAUUUCCAGGAGAAGUUUCUGGUGAGAAAAGCCAGGAAAGAGACAAUGUUGCAAUAACUAGUCCACUCGAAACGUCCAUGAGAGUUGGGGCUGCUCUCACACCCACAGAACAUGCCAAUCGCAAGUUUGAAUUGCUCACAAGUUCAUUACUGGAAAAGAGGAAUAUGGCUAAAGCACCGUAUCCAACGAGACUGUCAUCUGGUGGAAAAAAUCAAGUCAACUACUCUGAAAUGGCAAAUAUGGGUGCAGAUUUUGAUGUGAGCGACAACUCAGGGUCUCCAAGAAGUGAUUUGUCCUACUCCCCAAGAUUACAGGAAAUGCUUGAUGACAAUGAGAAAAAGAGUUAGAUGACGAAGAAAGAAUGGAUUUACAUAUUCUGGUUCUCACUUCUUAGCAUAAAAGAAAGCAAAGUCUGCUGAUAGUAUAGAUUACAUGUACAUGGUAUUUGGACAUGACCUUAAAAUACGAAAUCGCCAACAACCCAAGGUUAACAUCAUCACUUCUAGUCCACCUGACCGGCAAUCCUCAUCUUUUGUGUUUUCCUGUAGUAUUAAUGGCUGUGAAUUCUUGUAAUGUGCUGAACUUGAUCCCCAAGAGAAGGAAGAGCUAUACAGCGAGUUUUCGUAAAAUGUUCCCUGUUAAACACUCAGACUAGUACAUGAGAUAUAAUCAACAUGUUAGAGUUGUUUGUUUCUGUGAAAAGAUGGAGCUACUUCUGUUCCAUAUUCCGUCUUUGCGUAUUGAAGAGUUAUCUUCUCUUGGGAGCAGGUACUGAUUGUUACGUCAC